AGGAAGGCCCUGACCCUGCUGAGCAGCGUCUUUGCCGUCUGUGGCCUGGGGCUCCUGGGCAUUGCAGUCAGUACCGACUACUGGCUGUACCUGGAGGAGGGUGUCCUGCCCCAGAAUCAGAGCAUGGAAAUCAAGAUGUCCCUGCACUCAGGCCUGUGGCGUGUCUGCUUCCUCGCAGGGGAGGAACGUGGGCGCUGCUUCACCAUAGAAUACGUGAUGCCUAUGAACUCUCAGAUGACAUCCGAGUCCACAGUCAACGUUCUAAAAAUGAUUCGCUCGGCCACACCGUUCCCUCUGGUCAGCCUCUUCUUCAUGUUCAUCGGGUUUAUCCUGAGCAACAUUGGACACAUUCGUCCCCACAGGACGAUACUGGCCUUUGUCUCCGGCAUAUUUUUCAUCCUCUCAGGCCUCUCGCUCGUCGUGGCUGUGCUCUACAUCUCCAGCAUCAACGACGAGAUGCUUAAUAGGACCAAGGACGCAGAGACCUAUUUCAGCUACAAGUAUGGCUGGUCAUUCGCCUUCGCGGCAUUCUCCUUCCUUUUAACAGAGAGUGCUGGGGUGAUGUCUGUGUACUUGUUCAUGAAGAGGUACACCGCCGAGGACAUGUACAGGCCUCACCCUGGCUUCUACCGCCCGCGUCUGAGCAACUGCUCUGAUUACUCAGGCCAGUUCCUACACCCAGAAGCCUGGGUCCGGGGCCGCAGCCCCUCCGACAUCUCCAGCGACGCCUCCCUGCAGAUGAACAGCAACUACCCAGCUUUGCUCAAGUGCCCCGACUACGACCAGAUGUCAUCUUCUCCUGCUGAGCCUGUCGCCUCCCUCCCUGGACUGUGGACAGCCGGACACCCCUCUUCCCGUGCUCCUUUGCUGGCCCAUGAGUCCCCGGCCCACGAUUGAUAGGCCCGGGCUGCCCCCAUGCUUAGCUGUUGUCUCUUGACCCAUGUUGUCUCCCAGAUUCCCCCAGAGUAUCUUCUAUUGCUCCAGGGUGGUGUCAGGAGUUUGGAGAGAGCAGGCAAGCUGAUUGGCUGAGAGCAUGGGCGUGGUCCCACCUCUUGAGCGCCAAUCACUCCAGCAGCUCUCCCCCUUUCCUGGGAGAGGUGGGUGUUCCAGCUGUGUAUGCGUCCCUGCACACCCAGCUUCAUGGCCCCAGGCCAAGGCCGACUGCGAGAUGCCAAGUCCUUACACAGACCCAGCUGGACUCCUGUGCUUGCCAACUGGCCCGGCCCUCACAUUCAUGGUCUUGGCCAGAGUCACCAAAAGGGACUCUGCGAUGGAGGUCUGGCUGGUUCAGAAUUGUCAGCAGUGUUCUCUGUGAAACUGUUAUCCUCUUGUCACCCACAUCCCUGCCUGUGUUCUCCACCUCCUUCGCCACCCCACGGGCUUUGAAUCUCUCCCCUUGUCCUCCCACUGGAACUCAGCUGCCCUACCUUGGCCCCUAAGGGACUGAGGACCCCCUGAUGAAGUCACCAAGAGGUGUUAAUGGCUGGUGAUGUCUUAAUAUUGUAUGGCCCCCUCCAUAACAUACUUCACAGGGGUCUUUCAUGCUUAACCCAAAGAAGUGACUCUGACGAUGGGAAUUUCAGGAUUUGGCUGGUCCAAGUUCAUACUCCCAGGCACUGUUCGGACCCUGGGGGUACUGUUCCGCUUGUGUGGGCAACAUUUCGGUCCAAGGCCCUAAAAUCCAGUCAUGCAGACAGAUGUCUAUACCACCUAAGCAGAAGGACAGCUUUCAAAGAGGCUGCCAGGGAUUUGGAGCUGGAUUGCUGACACCUGGUGCAUUUUGAGCCUAAACAAGCCAGACUGGGAAUGAUCCAGCUGCUCUCCUGAGAAUGCCAUGAACACUGCGGGGGGGGG